AUGGCCGCUCCUAGUGGUGCCCCGGCGCCGCUCCUGCAGACGCCCAUCCAGCUCUCUACCUACAGCCGAGCACGCUCGCCGCACACACAUGAGCUCACCUCGCACCAGCACCGCUCGUCCGUGGCGGUCGGCGAGGUCGUGCGGGUCAGCGGCCGCGGCCUUCGCCGCCGCCGCGGCCUCCUGGCCACGCUCGAGCAGGGCGUCGCGAUCGUCCUCAUGGACCUGCACACACAGACACCCGUGCACACCUACACGCUCGCGCCGUCCGACCGCGCAUGCACGCCGCCCCUCGUCGUCGAGGCGCGCGCCACGCAUGGCACGCGCCCGUAUCUGCGCACGACCUACUAUGGCGUCGUAGCCGACGACGGCGCGCACACGCGCGUGCACGCAAUCACCGAGCACCUCGACGCGCGCGGCCAGCUCCUCGCCGCUGCGCCAGACACGGCCCACACCUCGUUUGUCGUGCCGGGCAUCCUUGCGACGCUGCACCCCAUCGGCCCCGCGGCGCUCUUCGCCACGCGCCGCGAUGGCGCGGUUGUGCUCCUGCACCCCAGCGAGACAGAUGCACUCACGGCCACGUACACGGCCGCGCCCGUCGUCCUGGACGUGCAGCGGCUGUGCCCCACGGCCGACGCGCCCCUCGUGCGCGCCACAGGCGCCGCACCGGAUGACGCGCCCCUCGGCGCGCUCGCGCUCGUGGCGGCGGAGCGCGAUGCUGCCUCUGCCCACCUGCACGUCGUGACGGCACACGCCGCCGCGCCCUUCCUCCGCGCCCAAUCGUGUGCGCUGCCGGCCGGCGACGCGCGGCAUCUCGUCUCGUGCGCCGUCCAUGCGUCCGGGCGCGUCGCGGCGCUGCAACGCGACGGCACGCUCGUGACGCUUCGAGUCACGGCGCCGUCGCCAGGCGUCCUUGCGCUGGAGCCGGCGCCGGCGCCGGCGCCGGCGGUGGCGCUGCGCAUCACCUGUGCGCGCCUCGUGUUUCUCUCCGCGUCGCACUUGCUCCUGGUCGCCCUGCACACGGAGGGCGGAAAGGCGCGCGCGGCCGCGCUCGUGUGGGACGUCGACCUCGAUGCCGUGCUGGCCGUCGUCGAGUGGUCGCUCAGUGUCAGUGGCGCCGGGUGCGUGAGCGCAGCGCGCGUCCUCGACGACCAUGUGCUCGUGCAGAUCGACCCCGCGGACGACAGCGCGCUCAAAAGCAGCAUUGCCGCGCUGCCCGUGAGUGUGCCGCCGGCCGGGCUCUUGCGCCACGCGCUGGGCGCGGCAGCGCGCACGCAGCCGUGGCUCGCUGCGCCCCCUGCGGCGCCGCUGCUCUCCACGUCGCAGCAGGCGCUGCGCGCCGCCCUCGAUGCACUGCCGACCGAGCCGGCCGCAUGCACGCGCGCCCUGGACGAGCAGUUCCGCGCGUGGGUCCAGGGCGAGACGGAGCGUGUGCGUGCGGCCGAGCAGAUCAAGGCAGGCCGCAAGGCGCCGCGUGUCGCGAUCGACAGCGCCCUGGUCGCUGCCGUGCUGGACCGCGCGCUGCCUGCCUAUGCGCCGGGGCACACGGGUCCCGCGCCGUUCGCGCGCGAGACGGUGCGCUUCCUCCUGGAGCGUGGCUACGUCUCGGCCGCGGCCUCGGUGCCGCACCUCGUGGCGCGCGUGCAGGCGACGCACGACUGGUCGGUGCGGAUCCUGCUCCUGCGCCACGUGCCGGAUCUGAGCGAGGCGCAUGCGGUGGCGCUGCUGCAGGCUGCGCUCGCGGCGCGCGACGACGCAGGCACGCCGCCGGUCGCGCGGGUGCUGCAGCAUGUCCUUGCGCCGCCGUCGUUCUCCAAGCCGGCGCUCCGCAUGGCACUGCGCACGCACAUCCAGCGCGACGACGACGUGCUGCUGCUGCUGGACAUCCUCCACCUGUGGCUCGACCGCCAACUCGCUGCGCCGCUGGACGGCCGUGUGCCCCGGGAGGCCGAGGCGGUGCGUACCGUGCCGCACACGUCGAUUGUGUACCGCACGGGCGAUGUGGUACCGCCGAGCCUCGAGAUGUGUGUGUCGUUCGCGGAAGAUUUGCUCGAUACCUUCUUCCCGCAGUGGAUCGCCGCGCCGCGCACGCACGCGUUCCUGCGCGACUGGGCCAGGGGCGUCGCGCAGCAUGUGCAGGCGCUGCAGGCGCUCGAGCGCCUGCGCGCGCCGCUCGCGUCCGUCACUGCGCGCGCGACCGAGGCUCCCGACACCCGCUCGCGCCGCGCGGAGCUGCAUGAGGCCAGCCUGCUGGUGCCUGUAUACGCUAUCGAGGCGCUCGAGAUCUAG